GGUGUUACACACAUUGGCUACACAGACCUGCCCAGCAGAAAGGCUAAACAGGCCAGUAGUCUGUAUUCCAAUAAUAUCAACCUCCUAAAGGCUAUUAGUUCUGACAAAGAGAACUUCUACUUUGAUCCAAAAGAUGAAUUUGAUUACGGGACUCUGGAUCAUGUUAUUAGAGGAACUGUAGUAAUGAAGGAUGGCAAGGUGAUUUUCCCAGCAUCUCCACCAAAUAACAUUCCUGAAGGACCCUCUGUGAAGCAGAAGACUGUAGCAGAGCUGGAAGCAGAAAAAGCAGCUACUAUUACACCUUUUAGAAAAACUAUGACUAGUGCAUCUGUAUACACAGCAGGCAUGUUAGCACUGGGCAUCAUAGCUCCUAACACUGCUUUCACACAAAUUAUGACAUUUGGCCUAGCUGAAAUAGUGGGGUACCAUACAAUAUGGGGUGUGACUCCUGCUCUUCACUCUCCACUCAUGUCAGUGACUAAUGCAAUCUCAGGAAUAACUGCAGUUGGUGGACUGGUAUUAAUUAGAGGAAACUAUCUCCCUGAAAACACUCCUCAAAGUCUACCAGUGCUUUCAACCUUUAUCUCUUCAAGUCAAUAUUGCAGCUUGCUAGAUUUUCAGAGGUGUUAUUGCUGUCAGUUGCUAACUUUGUGUGGUGGGUUUAUAGUUACACAGAGAAUGCUGGAUAUGUUUGAACGUCCCACAGACCCUCCUGAGUACAACUACUUGUACCUUCUUCCUGGUGGUGUAUUUGUAGGAGGCUAUGCAGCUGCUCUCAAGGGUGGCUAUAAUAUUGAACAGAUGAUGUAUCUGGGCUCAGGCUUAUGCUGCGUUGGUGCCCUGGCUGGUCUGUCUACCCAAGGAACAGCUUGUCUUGGAAAUGCUUUGGGUAUGAUUGGUGUUGCAGGAGGUUUAGCAGCAACUAUUGGAGGCCUUAAACCUUCAUCUGAAUUGUUGUCACAGAUGUCAGGUGCAGUGGCACUCGGUGGUACCAUAGGUUUGGCGAUUGCUAAACUCAUCCAGAUUACAGGUCUGCCUCAGCUUGUGGCUGCUUUCCAUAGUUUGGUUGGUUUGGCUGCUGUGCUCACCUGUGUAGCAGAAUACAUAGUCGAAUAUCCUCACUUCGCUACUGAUCCAGCUGCAAACCUCACCAAGAUUGUGGUGUACCUUAGCACAUACAUUGGCGGGGUGACUUUUGGUAGCUCUCUUGUUGCUUAUGGAAAACUGCAAGGUAUCCUGAAUUCUGCACCACUGCUCUUGCCUGGUCGACAUGCAUUGAAUGCAGGAUUGCUGGCUGCCAGCAUUGGUGGAAUGGUUCCAUACAUGGUUGAUCCUAGUUACACUAUGGGAAUUACUUUUUUAGAUUCUGUCUCGUCUCUCUCAGCCAUUAUGGGUGUCACUUUAACAGCAGCUAUUGGAGGUGCUGACAUGCCUGUAGUUAUUACUGUCCUGAACAGUUAUUCUGGAUGGGCUUUGUGUACUGAGGGCUUCCUACUGAACAACAACUUUCUGACCAUUGUUGGUACACUCAUUGGCUCCUCUGGCACCAUCCUCUCUUACAUCAUGUAUGUG